CCAGGGGCUCGCUCAGCCUCCGGAGACUUUUUUCUUUGAGCGCAGCCGCCUGGUGCCGGUUUCCGCCGAGCUGGAGCGCGCGGGCCACGGCUUCUCUGGGGACGCAGAAGCGAGAAGCGGGGACCUCGGCGCGCGCCCCGCGUCCCGCUCUUCCUGCCCGCGCCCCGGCCCCCGGCCCGCGCCCCGGCCGCCGGCAUGGUGCUGCUGGCCGGGACCGGGCCGGAGGGCGGCGGGGCGCGCUGCAUGACCCCGCCACCGCCGUCCCCACCCCGGGGCGCGCAGGUCGAGGAGGACCCCGCUGACUACGAAGAGUUUGAGGACUUCUCGAGUCUGCCAGACACCCGCAGCAUCGCCUCGGACGACUCUUUCUACCCUUUCGAGGACGAGGAGGAGCACGGCGUCGAGAGCGCGGAGAGCGUCCCGGAGGGCGUCCCGGAAAGCGUCCCGGAGACGGCGACCCUUCUGCGCGCCGCCUGCGCCAACAACGUGGGGCUGCUGCGGACGCUGGUGCGGCGCGGGGUGAGCGUCGAGGAGGCGCAGGAGACUGACCGCAACGGCAGGACCGGCCUUAUUGUCGCCUGCUACCACGGCUUUGUGGAUACCGUGGUGGCCUUAGCAGAGUGUCCCCACAUUGACGUCAACUGGCAGGACAGCGAGGGGAACACAGCCCUAAUCACAGCUGCACAGGCAGGGCACGCUAUCAUCACUAACUACUUGUUGAACUAUUUCCCCGGUCUUGACCUUGAAAGGAGGAACGCGUUCGGGUUCACCGCCCUGAUGAAAGCUGCCAUGCAGGGUCGAACGGACUGCAUCCGAGCCCUGAUGCUAGCAGGGGCGGAUGUCCACGCGAGGGACCCCCGCCGUGGGAUGUCGCCGCAGGAGUGGGCCACUUACACGGGCCGCGUGGAUGCCGUCCGUCUCAUGCAGAGGCUGCUGGAGCGCCCCUGCCCGGAGCAGUUCUGGGAGAAGUACCGGCCCGAGCUGCCGCCACCCCCUGAAGCGGCGCGGAAGCCCGCGGGCUCCAAGAACUGCCUGCAGAGGCUCACAGACUGCGUGCUGUCCGUGCUGACGCCGCGCUCCGUGCGGGGCCCGGAGGACGGGGGCGUCCUGGACCACAUGGUCCGGAUGACCACGAGCCUCUACAGCCCCGCUGUGGCCAUCGUGUGCCAGACCGUGUGCCCUGAGAGCCCUCCGAGCGUGGGGAAGAGGCGGCUGGCGGUGCAGGAGAUCCUGGCGGCGCGGGCUGCACGGGGCCCCCAGGCGCAGGAGGAGGAUGAGGUGGGGGGCGCGGGGCAGCGCGGGCGGACCGGCCAGGAGGACGCGGACUCCCGGGAGGGCUCCCCGAGAGCCGGCCUCCCGCCCGCCCCGGGGUCCCGGGGCCCCGCAGCGCCCGCCCCGCGGAAGGCCAGCCUCCUGCCCCUGCAGCGCCUGCGGCGGAGAAGCGUGCGGCCCGGUGUGGUGGUGCCCCGGGUCCGAGUCAGCAAGGCGCCCGCGCCCACCUUCCAGCCCGAGCGGCCGGCGCGGAAGGGCAGCACCAAGGACAGCGGCCACCUGCAGAUCCCCAAGUGGCGGUACAAGGAGGCCAAGGAGGAGAAGAGGAAGGCGGAGGAGGCCGAAAAGAAGCGCCAGGCCGAGGCGCAGAAGGAGAGGCGCACUGCGCCCUGGAAGAAGAGGACGUGAGGGCCCGUGUGCCUGGCGCGGGGUCCGGGGCCGGGGCGAGGCCGCAGGGCUGGGCGCGGAGAAGGAGGCGGCCCCGUUGCGCAUCGCACCACGGCCGCUCCAUGGACCACGGGGCCGCGUGCAUUUCCAGGCUGUUUGUCCAGGCUGCUUCCAAGAGAGGGCUGGGGGAGCCACAUGGAUUCGCCUGUCGCCAGCCCUCCUAGAAAUCAGUACACCUAGCGGGCAAGUUGCCUAAAAGGCUCCCUUUAGAGAAUCUCAAUUAAGAUUUUUUUUAAAGAUCAAUUUAUCAAAGGGCGUUUUCUGCGUAAUUUUGUAUUUUUAAUCAUUAUUUAUCAAAUUUGCGACGUUUUACAAGUGAUAGGGCCCCUUAUAUCCAAGGCAGUUUUAAUACACUUGCCUGAAGACCUUUUGUUUAAGAUACUGUUUCUAGCAAUAAGUAUCCAUGAUACCUGUAUGAGUUCACACAGACAUCGUGGGAUUCUCCCCUUUUUGGCUGUUUGGUCUUUUCUCCUCAUGGUGGGUGUAGGUGCACACUGGAUGUUCUUAGUCAUUAGAUUAAGUGAUGCCGGAUCUUUCUAUUUGACGGAGGCAUUGGCUCGUUGAGCCACAUGAUCAAGUGAGACAGAGGAUCAGAUGUUACUGUAUCUUUUUAAAACUCUUAUCCAUAUAGUAAUAUAUUGAGGAAAAACAUAUUGUCAAAUUAUAAAACAAUGGAGCGAUAAACAUGUAUUUAUUGCUAGAAUUAAACUCAUUUUAAGCAAGGGGUUUUAGGUAAACUGGAUACGAAAUCUUUAACAUUAAAAAUGGAUAUGAGAAAAAAACUGUCAUUCGAUAAAAUGGGGCAAAUUUAAUAAUAAAUGAUUACCAGAAAUACAGAAUUAAUGCACAAAAUUAAGAGCACAAAAUUAAUGCACAAAAUUAAGAGCACAAAAUAUGUGCUCUUAAGUAAUUCGAAUCCAGAUAUCCUUAAAAUGUCAAAAAGAUGCAAGAAGAGUCAGGAGCCCAGAAUGAUGCAAAUUACAGGAAUGGGGAGGAGGUGAUUUUUAGAAGAGGUGAGAGAAUGGAAUGGGGAACAGACUUGUUUUCGGCAAAUUCUCCUGGAGUAGACAGGGCAGCCCCCUCCUCCAGGCUCAGUUCCAAAGAGUCCGUUGUGUGGAUAUUUCUUUUAUUUUUUCCUUUGAGGACUGCGCUUGGUGUUUAGUUCAUCCUUAUGCUGACCUCUUAGAAUUUCCAAGAUGCAGGGCCUUGGGCAGGGCAGGGCACGGGUGUGAUUUGCCUUGGGCCACAAGCUCUUGGUGAGAGUCUUAUGUCCACACUUUUAUCUCCAAAGUGACAUGGAGAUCACUUUUCUCAGUGAUCAAAUUUGAAUUUAUCAAAGGGGGUUUUCUGCAUAAUUUUGUGUUUUUAAUCAUUAUCAGAUUUGCAGCAUUCUAAUUCGGCAGGGCAGGGUAUGAAAGCUGGAAACUCAGGCUGGAGUUUCUAGUUCUAAUGGCUCUCUGGCCAUGUGGGUUGUAGAGUGUCUGUCACAUACGCACUUUAUUUCAGUAUGAGUUGAAAUACUUGGACACGCACGAUCACAGGCCUAUUUGGAGGCUCUGUACUAUGACCCUAAUAACCCUAGAUACAUCAUGAUACAUGGUGUCUGUCUCAGGACGCAGGCAGGGCUGGUGCAGGCUUCUCCAUACUCCCUGCCACUUGGCACCAGCAGGCAUCAAGCAACCAGGGAUCUUAAACUGGCCUCUCCAAAAACUCCAUUGAACAGGACUGCAGGCUGCACCCAGGCUAAUGGGAGAUUGGUGUGAUGAUGAUACAGUGUUUAAGAUCAGAUUGCAGUGAGUUCCUCCUUAAUCCCAGAAAGGCACCAUGAUGAAUGCCACAGGAGACUGGACCCUCUUUGAGAACUGCAGAUAUUAGUUGACUGUGGGUCACCCUCGUGGCCAAGGAGUUGGGAUUGGCCAUGUCUUCUUCGAGGAGGUGGAGACUGUAACUGACACUGGUUAUCUUUGGGGUUGUCUUUCCUGAAUCCUUUGGCAUGUGGCACCUUCCUGCCACACGUAGAUAAUUCACGGCAUUACCAAGUCACCACGAGCCCCACCCUCACCUCUGUCAACCGAGGACCCAGCCAGGCGGUGCCAUGUGGUCUCCCAGGCACGCUUCUCAACACCGGCUACCCCUGCUGUGAAGGUUCUCAAGGCCCUGGUCCGGGGAGCCAAGCCCUGGGAGCAUCCUAAAGCUCCGCAGGUAACUGCACUGCAGCCCGCAUUGAGAACCGCGGCUCUAACACAGUGAUUGCGAGAGGACACCCAUUCUGAGCUCCCACAGAGGGCUCCACCUUCCCAAGAAUGUCUAAUUGUCAUUGGAACAGCCAGGGUCAGGCAGCUUCUGCUCGGACUGACGUGGCGUCCGACCCUUGGUGGGUUGCCAGACAUUCCUGCCUGUUUCCACCAUGGGAAGCUGGCAGUGGGAAUGGUAUGGAGCCCUCACUUCUACCCCAAGCCUGGGUGUCUGCUGCCUCCAUGUCAAAAAUGGACAUUUCUGGUCCUGCCCAGCUGCUACCUCACCACAACCCAUGCUCAGAGUUGUCAGGGAUGCGUGGAACAGCAAUGAUGGGACAGCAAAUGACUGGCAAUUUCCCCAGGUCCCACGCUGUUCUGGAGUGGACGUGUUGCGGCCCUGCCCCCGAUGUGUUCCAGCCUCAUCCAGGUACACAGGAUACUCUGGGGCCAGCACAGGGAUUGUCCAGUGAUGCUCCUGGCGUCCACAAAACAGCUCUAGAGAUACCUGCAUUUUGAAAAGCCUGCUGAGCCAACAAGCUUGGGGCAGGACACGGAUUUCUUUGGCAAAUCUGCAGGCGAGCUGACCACUUGCCUGGUGAGUGGAAGCUGCCAUUACCUGGCCAGUGUUUGCAACUCGAGGGAAAAUGACAGCUGCAUGGGGGGAAGCCUGACCUCCCGGGGAGCUUUAUUGUGGCCUCAGUGGAAAGAUUGGAUUUUGAAACCUGCCAGACCCAACUGAAAGAAGGGUCAUUCCUGAUUGAGUUGGAGACUCUCCCCAGUCCCUCUCUCUGGACUCAUUCUAGCUGUGGCCUGCCUGUGGACAGCCCUUCCCUUUGGCCCAUGCAGCGGGUCCAGGCAGCUCCUGCAGCUGUGCUCAUGGCUGCUGGCCCAGAACUUCUCAUUUUUGCCAUGUGGAAGCAGAUUUGCUAGUAGAGGAAUUUUCCAAGUCAAGGGAAGUGUUGCCAAGCCUCUUGCCUUGACCUGUGGGGGGCCUUCUGCUCUUGUUUUCUCAUUCUCUUUGGCGUGGGCACAGAGGGGACAAGUCGGCCCCCAGUGAGGCUCAGGGAGUGCAGGAGACCAGGGAGGGAAGCCCAGAUGAUGGGGAAACAGAGCCACCUUGAGGGGGUGUCAUGGGAUCAGUGUCGGGGUGAUCUGACGGGUCAGUUCAUACUUAAGCAACAUUAUUCUGUUCGUUUCUUUUGGGUCAGGAAUUCCUCAUGGGAGGUGUGGUCAUCUGGUCGUAGAGGUGGACAGAAACACCCCCUCGUCUUCCUGAGCCAUUUGGAAGCCCUUUCCUCUAGCCCUAGGUACUGGUGACACAGGCCCCUCGGUCUCAGGAUGUGGACAGGGCUGGGAGGUGCAGGCUUCUUGUCCCAUCCCCACUCAGCAUCAUCGGGUAUCUGGUAGUCAGGGGUCUCACAGUGGCCUCUCCAAAAGCCUGGUGUCCUUGGAGAACAUUUUUCAUUUUGUCUAUUUUUGUUGCUUUGAACAGCUGCAUUCACUCACUGAGGGCUCGCCCUCCCUGGAUCUGCCAUGUGGUUCAGGGAGGAGGGGACCGAUGAGCACCGACCCCUUCUCUUCACCUGUCAGUGGCCACCACAGUGCCCCCUCUGGCUUUGCCACCACGUUCUCCUGCCCCCGUCACCUUGUCUCUUCUAACUCAUUAGCCUUUCCUUCCUUUGCCUGUUUUCUUCUCCCAGCUGGUUAAGUUCUUGAUCAUCCCUGGCACCACCUACCCUAAGGUCUACCAAGAACAGAAAAGCCAGAGCCUGUGUGGGGCAAUGUGUUGUCCCUGCGGGGUUAUGGUGGGACCUCCUAGACCCCAGAGUGAAUGAAUGGCAGGCCUGCCAGUGACUGUGCUGAUGGCUUAGAAUUCCUACACAGCUGUGCCUCUCCCACCCCGUCCUCUUUGCUCGGAAGGGAGACCUGGUUUGCUCUCCUCCAUGACAGCCCAGCCCCUGCUGUGCACAGGGGUGGGGCUUGGGAUCCCUCCCUGCACCCUGAUGUUUAUUAACUGUAGAUAGUGAAUUUCAAGUUGACAGGUACCUUCUCAGGGAUUUAUAUAUAAAUAUAGUUAGAGGAAAAGUUGAAGUCUAUUUUACUACUUUUUAGUGUUUGAGUAAAUUAUGCUUUAACUGGACAGAAGAAAUAUUUCUCAGACAAUGUCGAUGCUGCUGAUGACAACUGAGAUGCCUGGAGCUCACCCUUGAUGGAGACUUCCUUGGUGAUUGGAGAUGGGGGACUCUGGUGGCAGAAAUGGCUUUGGGGUGGGUGUGAAGUUGCUUCAGUCCCUCUGAGUUGCCUCUUGUGGAUGGAACGUGUGUAUCAACAACAAUGAAAUGCACCUCCGUGUGCAUGGAGGCGGCUGAUGAGAAUACAGAUAGGCCAGUCCUCGCUCUUCCCUCCAGAACCGGCCGCUCCCGGUCUGACGUUGGAGCACGUGAACUAAGAGUGACAAUUUUUUCUACUUGCUUCUGUGAAUAAAAUGUUCUACAGUCAGCCCAGCACUAAACUCACCAGAAAAGAGGAGGGAACAGCAUGGAGCCAUUCAUCUGGAAUUACUCGAUGUGCAGAGGCUGCCCCUUGGCCGCACUUGGGAACAUCGUGGACAUCUUCCUUCCUCCCAGGCUCCUCCUGACAGACUCCUGGCAGCACUGGAGACCUCAGGACUAUGGAGAUCAGAAUUGUAAUGGCUUUGUCAUCUCAGCGUGGCCACUCCUGAGGCAAGAGGCUCCUCCUGGGAGCAGGAGAGAGAGAGUUCGUGAUGUUGGUUGGAAAAUAGGAUUUAUGGAUGCAGGAGGGCCGUGCUAGGCCCUUCUGCCCGCUUCUCUCCCUGCUGUUGGCGGUGACCAGGUCUCAGGAGCGGAGACGAGGCUGUUGUGAGUGAAACAGAAGCCCCUGGCGUAGGGCCAGACCCUAGGCCUGAAAAGGAUGCAAAGCCUGCUGUUUUCAGGCUGUUGGGAAGAAUCGUGGGUACCAAGUGAUUAUGAUGAAACGUAUCCCAGAGAGGAAAUGAAUGGGACCUGAAAAGUGGGUCUGCCACAUCCCUGGUAGCCCGCCUCCAAGAGCACUACACUACCCCCAGCCCCACCGGCCACACUACAUGACGUGGGAAGGCUGUCUGUUCAUCCUUACCCUGGGGACUCAAGUGUGCUCUGCGGAGUGAGUCGCAGCCCUGAUGUGCAACCUGCACUACUCUUUCCCCAGGUGCGCCGGAGACGCAGGCUUGCUCAUUUCCGUCCUGACACAGCUCACUGUUCCUGCGGUGGUCAGAGUCCCCCUGUGCUGUGUCAGCUCCUGGACACUAUUAGUCUUUCACAUGAUAAAGCGCGAGCACUUUUUCGCUUUUGCAGUAUUUGGGGAAAUUCUAACACAUUUCCUGGGGAUUUGCCCAGGUCCCUCCACCUCCCACGGUGGGUAACUGUGUGGAUUCUGCACCUGGCAAUCGGCGCUCCCCUUUGGAAACACCUGGGGGCCCUGUUUCUUCCAGCCUGGUCCUUGGUUUCUACCCCAGCCGCUUUCAGCCGUCACCUGCGUGGGACUGCCUGGAGGGCCACGGUCCAGGGAAGGACAGGUGGGACCCUGACCAUGACAGAUCUUUCUAAAACAAUAAAGUCCCAUUGAUGACAACUGCAGUGGGAUGAAUGCCAUUGCAGCGGUCAUGCUGGGAGCUGCCGAGAGCUUACAACAAAAGCAGUUCCUCUCAAGACACUGCUUGCAUCUUCCCCUCCACGCCUCUCGGUGCAUUUGGAACUUGUUUAUGCGCUGGUAUAACUUGAGUCAGCUGCUUAUUUCUGUGCCCUUGCACUCACAGGUUCCUCCAUUAACAUUUUAAAUAAGUGGCUAAAAAAACUCCUCUGGAGGUUGUUUUUGAAAGAAACAGGAAAAAGAAACACACAGUACCUGGAUUGUUUUGACUUAUCUUCAAGCGGCUCAGCUGAAAGCUGGUGUUGCAUACACAAUUUCCUCACGCUGACCCAGCCUGACUAAGACUUGAUAAAAGGCACAGCCCUUGGCAGCAGGCAGUGCCAACGUGGACAGUGUACACUAAGCUGUGAGUGUGUGCACGGGCGAGCACAUGUAUGUGUACUCAUACAUCCAGAUGAACUAAAGGGACACUGGGCUUUGUGCUGGCAAAGGUUACGAUGCUGCCGUAGCUUGGCUGUGGGCCCCAGGCAGUGUCAGAUGGAACCUGCUUUGAUGGCGUGUUGUUCAGUGUACUCAGUGGGGUCUCACACGGCCCGAGGACCCACUGUGAGCACUCCGCCCGCUGUGGCACAGAACACGGCUGGGGUCAUCAUAGCCCAGGUCUUUAUUGAAAGGCGGCUCAUAUAGAACCCAUUUGGCCAGGUCUGGGCCAUCUCUCUGCCUCUGCCCUACCUUGGCUGCCCGGAGGGGCCCAGGCCCAAGAGGAUUCUUUACCCCUGGAAGAGCUCCCCAGGCAUUCAGCCUACGGCCCUUGACAUUUGGCUGCAGGUUACCGUCAGAAUCAACACCUUAUCCUGAGGAAGCCCUGGUAUUUCCCCAAGUCUGCCUAUGUAUUAGACACUCUAAUCAAUGCUAACACAGUUCGGUUUUUGAGGGAACUAGUUUUGUCAUAAUACUACACCCCUCUAUUGUUUUUAAAUAAGAAAAAAAAAAAAAACCCACGAAACUUUCCAUCAAAGCAAUGGUCCAUGUUGGCCUGAUGCUUUAAGAAGUUUGAGGAGGUAGGUAUGGAGGCACCUUAACACCAGUUUUUGAGCAGAAGUUCUAGAAGCUGAUUUAGAACUACACAGCUAUGGAUACACCUGAUGAAAACCGCAAAAGGCGAUGACAGGCCCAGAAAUAUGACCAGCAAGCCCGUGAGCCUUUGGGGCAUCCGACGGAAUUUGAAAAUAAUACCCCAUUCAGAUGAACACUAAAAGCCAAUGUACUGGAAUUCUCUUUGUUCUGCCCGACAUUUGGGGGUGUCCAAGGACCUGUGUUUUUAACAAAGAUGACUUUAUGACCGUUCUAAGGAUUGAACAGAUUCCUGCACAGGGUGCCAGGUUUCAAGUUAGGUCCUCUUAGUAUAAGCUCUCUUUUUUUCUGAAUGUAAACCUAUUUGCAUUGUCAUUUCUAAUAAUCCAGUAGGUUUCUGGAUAUUGUAAAGAUACUGAGUACAGAUAUAACUGUGUAAAUUUCAUAGUGUUUUAUUUUGAGGUGAGAGUUUUGUUAUAGUUUAUAAAAGAUAUUUUCCUAUUCAGACCUCAGGGCUAUUUUGGGACCUACAAAUAAAUGUGAUUCCCAGCAGCUUCAAUUUUUGAUAUUCAAAAAAUAAUCUUUAAGCUAAAUAUAAUGUGAUAUUAUUCAGAAAAAAAUGUUUUUCCCUUUUAACUUCUAACAAAUUAUGUAUCUAAUGUUUAAAAAUAUGGAAAAAAGGGAUAAUGUAAAAAUGUGGGAGAAUUGUGGCUAAAGAAUAAAAAAUCACUUGUUAAAACACGU